CCAGGACUCGGAGGAACCAGGAUGCAAUCGCCUUCCAAGUGGCUUCGACGUAUACGAAAAGUUUUAUUUGUCAAAUACCAUGACGGUGACAGUCUGGUAGGAAAGGAGUCGUUUUCUUCAGGCAACCAUACGAGAGGUCGCCUCUAAGCUAGGAAGGCCUUGAUGCUUGAGACAAAACCACAGUUUGUCGGAUGGAUUAUUCUACCGGAAGGCAAGCUGCCGUAGGUCAUCAUGAUUUCAGAGGGGUCUGACGAAUACGACGGAAAUAAUUUACAACAUGAAGCUACGAGAAAAUCUCUGUAUUUUCGAUUCAUCCCGGAUUCCUUAGAGCUGCUCCAAAGCCUGGAUAGCAACCGUGGAGGAACAAUUCUAUGCUGCAUCUUUGUGGGUGUUGGAUCGAAACCCUUGCCACAUCCUUCUCCCAGUAAUCUUCAACUCAGCAACGAACCUGCGCCAAACUUUACUGAGGCAAUUGCAUCCGGGUUCGACUGCUUAGCUGCGCCGAACGUAAUGGACAAAUCGUGGAACAAACUUGCUCUCUCGGGUAUUUUGGCGCAACGAUUCGGGUAUUCCGUUUGAUUGAUCCUGAUACCGGAAAAGCCAGACAACGAUGAUUCCGAC